AUGACAACCAGCUCGGUACCGGGGAGAUUAGUGGUGAGCACGAAAGCGUACGGACGUACUGUAGACGCGUCGAUCGGGAAUCGUCUUGGAAACGGAAGCAACCUAUCUGAGCCAUAUCCGACAACGUGGCGACGAGGAUUAAUCGGAAAGAUGGAAGAAACCAGACCCCUGCCCAUGUUCCGCUGCGAACAAAUUGAGAGCAAAAAGUUGGCUAAAGCUUGGCAAGAAUGGAAAGGCUCAUUGGAGUACUAUUUCGAUUCUUACCAGAUAAGCGACCAGAAGAUCAUGCGGUCUAAAAUGCUGCAUUUAGGAGGACCGCAACUUCAAAAGGUGUUCAGGAGCCUGGACGGUACAGAGGAUUUCCCUGUCGUUCUUCUUGAGAAGAGAUAUUACGAUUUGGCUAUCGAAAGGUUGGAUGCCUACUUUAAGCCUCGUAGUCAGGACGUCCUGGAACGACACAUACUACGUAACAUGAAACAGGGAGCCGACGAACGUUUCUCCCAUUACGUGUUACGCUUGCGUCAGCAAGUGAGCGAUUGUGGUUUGGAAAAGUUUCCCGACGAAGCUCGAAACAUCAUUGAAGAGCUUAUGAUGGUGGAUGUCAUUGUAGAGGGCUGCAAUUCGCAAGAACUGAAACGUAAGAUUCUAGAAAAGGAUCGUUCUCUAACCGAAAUUGAAGCGUUAGGUGAGUCACUGGAGAGUGUGAUAAUCCAAGAAAAGGAGAUGAAGGUUGGUACCCGGAACGAAAUGGUUGGGCAAUCUGAGGUCUGCAGAAUAAGAUCAAAUAGAGCACCAUCUAAUCGUCGGCAAGACAGAUUUUUAAAACGUUUCGUCACAGGACGUAGCAAGGGAGGAGAGAAAAAACCUGGAACUGUAUGCUACGCAUGUGGUCGAUAUGGUCACAUUUCAACGUCCUCAGAGUGUCCAGCCAUCGGACAAGAAUGUCGCAAGUGCAAGAAAACAGGACAUUUCGAAAGCGUUUGUCGUAAACGCUCGCUGUAUGCAAAAGCAAAGUCACCGCCGAAAAAAGUUCAAGCCAUUGACGAUAUCAGUGUGCCAAUUGUGAAUGAAGCGAAAGUAGAGCCUGAGAAUAGCAACAAAGUCUACUACACUUUCUACACAGGCAGUCAGGCCAACGUAUUCAAUUGCAACAUUGGUGGCACAAUGGUGGAAGUCUUCAUCGACUCGGGGUCUGAGCUGAAUUUGAUAACUACUGAAACAUGGGAGCAGAUGAAAGCUCAACGGGUCGUUGUGUCAAAUUGCAAAAAGGGUUCCGACAAGAUUCUUAAGGCCUACGGAAGUACGAAACCGCUUCAUAUUCUUGGUACUUUUGAAGCCAAAGUUGAAAUAGGAAAACAAUCAGCUGAUGCGAUUUUCUUCGUUGUCGACGGCGGGCAAAGGAACUUACUCGGUGAUGUUACAUCUAAGAAACUGGGCAUCCUCAAGAUCGGUUUGGGAGUGAAUGCAAUCACGGAUACCGAAGAAUUGAAACGUUCACCAUUUUCUAAAAUUUCUGGAGUCAAAGUUCGUAUUGAAAUGGAUCCCAAUGUGAAACCGGUGUUUCAACCUCUUCGACGUAUACCCAUCCAUUUGGAGAGCGCCAUUAACGAAAAAUUGGAAGAGUUACUACGACGUGAUAUCAUUGAGGUUAAACGUGGCCCUGCGACGUGGGUAUCCCCACUGGUGGUAGCGACCAAAGCAAAUGGUACAAUAAGGUUGUGUAUCGACUUGAGACGCGUUAAUCAGGCAGUGGUUCGAGACCGUCAUCCAAUGCCGGUAAUUGAGGAGGUUAUUGCGAAAGUCGGUAAGGGCAGAGUAUGGAGCGUUCUGGAUGUAAUGGAUGCUUUCUUCUUAUUGGAACUUGAAGAAGAUUCGAGAGAUAUCAUGACCUUCAUUACCCACCGGGGAUUAUACAGGUUCAAACGCUUGCCUUUUGGACUUGUAUCCGCACCGGAAAUUUAUCAGCGUACCAUGGAUGAGAUAUUGGUAGACUGCGAGGGUGCAUACUGGUAUCUCGAUGAUAUCGGCGUUGAGGGUAGUACUUUGGAAGAACAUGACAUCCGAUUGGAAAAGGUCCUUAAAAGGCUCAAGGAUAGAGGAGUUGUCCUCAACUGGGCAAAAUGCAAAUUCCGCGUCACUGAAUUUGAGUUCUUGGGAUACAAAAUAUGUCCGCAAGGUAUAACCCCUUCCGCUGUUAAACGCGAUGCUCUAGCUUCUUUUCGUCGUCCGGUGAAUGAAAGCGAGGUCAGGAGUUUUCUGGGCUUGGCCAAUUAUAUGGGGAAAUUCAUCCCAAAUUUAGCAGAGCUCGAUGAACCACUAAGAAGAUUGAUUCAAAAAGGGAUUAAAUAUCAUUGGGGAGCAGUAGAAGAAAAGGCUUUCAAUGAUAUUAAAUUUUCUCUGACGCGAGCCAGCUGUCUUGGAUUUUUCAACUCGAGGGAUGAUACCUCAGUGUUCGCAGACGCAAGCCCUGUUGCUUUGGGGGCAGUCCUUGUCCAAACAAACGACAAGAAAGAAGCUAGAGUUAUCUGCUACGCUUCAAAAUCGCUUACGGAGACAGAAAAGCGAUACUGCCAAACCGAGAAGGAGGCCCUCUCGCUAGUUUGGAGCGUUGAAAAAUUCCAGAACUAUUUGAUAGGAAGGAAGUUUAAUCUUCUGACGGACUGCAAAGCCUUAACAUUCUUGUUUGCUCCUACCUCCAAACCAUGUGCUCGCAUUGAAAGAUGGGUAUUACGCCUACAGAGUUUCCAGUAUAAAAUAAUUCACAUUCCUGGACAGAGUAAUAUUGCCGAUGUCUUGUCACGAUUGACUACGCUCACCCCACAAGCAUUCGAUGAAUCAGAGGAAAUCAUAAUCAAAGAGAUAGUUUCAGCUGGAACCAAUACUUUUGCACUGACUUGGGCAGAAGUUGUAUCUGCUAGUCGUGAAGACUCAACUAUAAGGUUGGUUCAAGAAGCUCUAACCGCAAAUAAAUUUGACGAGUUGCCUUUGUGUUUUAAACUGAUAGUUACUGAGCUAUGUUUUGUUGAUGAUGUUCUGCUAAGAGGUGAUCGCAUUGUCAUACCUAGUGAGCUGCAGCAGCGUAUUUUGCAGCUGGCACAUGAGGGGCACCCCGGCAUCAGAAUGAUGAAAGCACAUCUGCGGGCUAAUGUGUGGUGGCCCAAGAUGGAUCAACAUGUGGAGACAUUCGUUAAGGCCUGUCGAGGAUGUGCGCUCGUGUCCGCUCCUAAUCCACCAGAGCCUAUGAUUAGGAAGAAGUUCCCAACUGGUCCAUGGGAGCAUAUCGCCAUAGACUUUCUAGGACCACUCCCCGAGGGAGAAAGUCUAUUAGUUUGUAUCGACUACUAUAGUCGAUAUUUAGAAAUAAUCGAGAUGCGGGAUAUCACAACGACAAGCGUUAUUGAACAACUGUUGAUAUUAUUCUCUCGAUAUGGCAUCCCUCAUUUUCUGAGAGCGGAUAAUGGGCCGCAAUUUUCUUCAGAAGAGUUCCGAUCUUUUUGUAUUGAACAGGGUAUAAAUCUGGAAUCAACAAUACCAUACUGGCCACAAAUGAACGGUGAAGUGGAGCGCCAAAAUCGUUCAAUUUUGAAACGCCUCAGAAUUUCGCAAGAGUUAGGAAAAGAUUGGCGGAAGGAAUUAUAUCAGUAUCUAUUAACAUACCACUCAGCAAUUCAUCCUACAACAGGGCGAGCGCCUGCUGAGCUGAUGUUCGGGAGGCGUUUACGUUCAAAGCUGCCAGGUGUACCUACAUCUAUAAGCAAUGAUGAGGAAGCACGAGACCACGAUAUGAUUCAAAAGGAAAAGGGGAGAGUAUACGCUGAUCUUCGCCGGAGAGCACGACCGAGUGGAAUUGAAGUAGGAGAUCAUGUUCUAGCCAAGCGGAUGAAAAAAGAUAACAAGCUAAAUUCCGAAUUCGCUCCCGAAGAAUUUGUUGUUACCAGUAAACAAGGGACGGACGUCAUGAUUCGCUCUUCAUCAUCUGGAAAGGAAUUCAGGAGAAGUGCAGCACACCUUAAAGUCAUUCCUGUAAAACCAACGGAAGGAGAUACAUCAGUGUCUACCCCUGUUCCAGACGACAUAGAUGUUGAAGGACCUUCGGGAUGUUUGGAAGAGCAGGCAUCCGAGAAGCAAACAGCUAGUAAGCCAACAGGAAGAUCAACCAGGGUUCGAUCAGAACCAAGUAAACUUAAAGAUUUCAUUACAUAUUGAACGAUAAAUUUCUUAACAUUUCUUUUAAAGAAAGGGUGGGAUGUAGGGUUCUACAUUAAACAUUAUAAUAAAUGCGCAUCCCAAAAAUGACACUACCUUGAUAGUUGUAUGCACCAUGACAGAUGAUGCUACCUUGAGAGUUUGAAGUGGGAGAAUGACAACCAGCUCGGU